CAGCCGUUCCGGGUUACAGGGAGGCCAAGAUGGCGACAGGCAGCCGCUGAUGAGUCCGCCAUGUCCGCGCUGGGCCGCUAUGACCGACACUGCGACUCCAUCAACUCUGACUUCGGUGACUCGUUGCGGAGCUGCGGGCCGGAGCAGGAGGAGCUACACUACAUCCCCAUCCGAGUGCUGGGCCAUGGGGCCUACGGGGAGGCUACCCUCUACCGCCGCACCGAGGACGACUCGUUGGUGGUGUGGAAGGAGGUGGGCCUGGCGCGGCUGUCGGAGAAGGAGCGGCGAGACGCCCUGAACGAGGUGGUGAUUCUGUCCCUGCUGCAGCACGACAACAUCAUCGCGUAUUACAACCACUUCCUGGACAGCAGCACCCUGCUCAUCGAGCUGGAAUACUGCAACGGUGGCAAUCUGUUUGAUAAAAUUGUUCGUCAGAAGGACCAGCUUUUCCAGGAAGAUAUGGUUCUUUGGUAUCUCUUCCAAAUCGUGUCUGCGGUGAGCUGCAUCCACAGAGCGGGAAUCCUGCACAGAGACAUCAAGACGCUGAAUAUUUUUCUGACCAAAGCGAAUCUCAUAAAGCUGGGAGAUUACGGCCUCGCCAAACGGCUGACCUCACAAUACUCCAUGGCUGAAACGUGUGUGGGCACUCUGUAUUACAUGUCCCCAGAAAUAUGUCAGGGGGUGAAGUACAGUUUCAAGUCGGACAUCUGGGCCGUCGGAUGCGUUCUGUACGAGCUGCUGACCCUGACGCGGACCUUUGAUGCCACGAACCCGCUGAACCUCUGUGUGAAGAUCGUCCAAGGAAACUGGGCCGUGGAGCUGGACAGCAGCUUCUACUCGCAGGAGCUCAUCGACGUCGUCCGGGAAUGUCUGCAGCAGGAUCCAGAGAGACGGCCGACAGCUGACGAGAUUCUGGAGCGGCGUCUGCUUAGUCAGUGCCGGAGAGACAUGGAGGAUAAAGUUUCGCUGCUAAACAGAUCAAGCAAGAGGUCCAGGCCGGGCACCGUCACAGAUGCCCCCAUUGCCGUGGUGACGUCGAGGAGCAGCGAGGUCUACGUGUGGGGGGGCGGGAAGGCUACGCCUCAGAAGCUGGACGUGUUUAAAGGCGGCUGUCGGCCGCAGCAGGUCUGUGCUGGAGAUGCCCAUUUCGCGGUGGUGACGGUGGAGAAGGAGCUCUACACGUGGGUGGACAUGCAGGGAGGCUCCAAGCUACACGGGCAGCUGGGACACGGAGACCGGGCCUCGUACCGGCAGCCUAAACGUGUGGAGAGACUCCAGGGGAAGGCUGUGCAGCAAGUCCGCUGCGGGGGAGACUUCACCGUGUGUGUUACAGAUGAAGGGCAGUUGUACUCCUUUGGGUCAGACUAUUACGGCUGCCUCGGUGUGAAUCAGACGGCAGGCGCUGAAGUCCUGGAGCCGGUGUUGGUUGAUUUCUUCCUCAAUGAGCCCGUUGAGCAGGUCUCCUGCGGGGACAGUCACGUCAUGGCUCUGACUCGGAGCAAGAGCGUGUACUCGUGGGGAUGUGGCGAGUAUGGAAGGCUGGGUCUGGAUUCGGAAGAUGAUGUUUACUAUCCGCAGAAAGUGGAGGUUCAGAGCGGUCUCUGCAUCGCGAGGGUUUCCUGUGGCCCUGACGGGAGCUUCCUGUUGACUCACUCUGGAAAAGUCCUUGCCUGUGGUUUAAAUGAGCACAACAAGCUGGGCCUCAACCAGUACACGGCGGGGAUCAUUAACCACGAGGCGUUUCUUGAAGUCCCGUACACCACGUCCUUGACCCUCGUCAAACCGCUGACCUUCUACAAGGUGCGCAGCAUCUCCCCUGGGAAGUCGCACACGGCCGCCAUCGACGAACGCGGACGGCUCCUGACCUUUGGCUGCAAUAAGUGGGGACAACUUGGGGUUGGAGAUUAUAGGAAGCAUUUGGGGGUGAACCUCCUCCGUGGACCUCUCGGUGGCAAGCAGGUCAUUAGAGUGUCGUGUGGGGACGCGUUCACCAUUGCUGCCACGGAUGACAAUCACAUCUUUGCUUGGGGAAAUGGAGGGAACGGGCGCCUGGCGAUGACCCCCAACGAGCGCCCCCACGGCCCCGACACUUGCACAUCGUGGCCUCGUCCAAUAUUUGGGUCCCUGCACCAUGUCCCGGACCUGUCCUGCCGUGGCUGGCAUACCAUCCUGAUCGCAGAGAAAGUCCUGAACUCCAAGACCAUUCGCUCCAACAGCAGCGGCCUUUCCAUCGGGACGGUUGCGCAGAGCUGCUCGUCGGGCGACUCCGGAAGAGGCGAUGAGGACAGCGACCGCGAAUCUCUUGCCUCCGACCCGAGCGGGGGAUUCCGCGGCACGAUGGAGGCAGAGCCCGAAACCAGCCCAUUCAACAUGACGGAAAGCAUGGAGAGCAGCUCCUGUCCCAGCUGGCUCCGACAGGAACUUGAAGAAGCUGAAUUCAUACCCAUCCCGCGGACCCCCUCGUCCACCUCUCUCCAGGAGCCGAGCGAGACGUCGCAGAAAGACCUGGAAGAACAGGGUGGCGCUGAGAGCGCGGCGCAGGAGUCGGGGAGUGAGAGGUGUAUGUGCGACGCUCUGCGAGGGGAGGUUAAGAGGCUGCAGGAUCUGGUAUAUUCCUGCGUGAAAGAACACGAGGCUCUGCGCGAGGAGAACGCCCGUCUGGCCAACGAGGUGCAGCAGCUCAGCGAGAAGCUGCAGGGAGUCAUGCAGCAGAGUCUGGCGGUGAACCGGCAAGGAGAGGCGCUGCAGCUUCUCCAGAGACAGGUGGCGUUAUGUCUGAAAGGGACGGUUCCCGCGGCAGAGGAUUCAGACGCAGACUCCUGGUGCUUCCUGGGUGCAGACGGCUGCAGACCGGCCCCAGGGCCGCCAAUGUGACUGCAGCCGAGGCUUUGCGAUAGUGAACAGCGGAGUCCCUGAGAACGGGGGUAAGAGCCGCGGUGGUCUCUGCCCUGGCACCGUUUUGGCUGCGCUCCAUGGAUGAGGCCGGCAGCCCUUAUUUGCUUGGACCCUUCGUGUUACACGGACGGGACUCGCCAUUUUUAACUGUGUUGUGCACUCACUCACCACGUGGCCUUCUCACUGCUGAAGAUGCAUGGACUGUAUCGUUGGUCUGCAGGAGCCCGGGCUGGAACGAAGCGUUGGCCCCGGCCGGCUCCGCCAUCCGGGACUCGUGAUUUCUCGCAGUAAUGUGCUCGGCAGCUGCUGUGAAAUAAAACACUGUGCAUUUAAUCCA